UGAGCUACCCGCCUGAAACCUCAUAUUCCUAAUUACUUUCACAAAAUAUUUGGAGAGUUGCAGCUUGGACUCCUUUUAUUUCUUAUAACCUGAGGCGAGGUGUAUAUGGCAUAUCCACCUAAUGGCUGUAAUGAUAUUUGGGAUGCAGUAUAUGAACGAGAACUGCAAAAUUUUAAAGAAAAUGGUGAUGUUGGUGAGAUCUGGUUUGGUGAAGAGAGCAUGACUCGUUUAAUUAGAUGGAUAGAAAAAAAAGAGAUACUCCGGGACAGCCCUGUGCUUGACAUUGGAACAGGAAACGGUGUUUUGCUGGUUGAAUUGGCCAAAUCAGGUUUUACCAAAUUGACAGGAGUUGACUAUUCUCUUUCUGCAGUGGAACUUUCAAAAAACCUAAUGGAACAGGAAGGACUACCACAUGUUAAGUUGCAGGUAGAAGACAUUUUAAGUCCCUCAGAUGAAUUAUCAGGUUUUCAGAUUUGCAUCGAUAAAGGGACUUUUGAUGCCAUCAGUCUGAAUCCGGACAAUGCAUCAGAGAAGAGGAAGCAGUAUGUGAAAUCUUUGCACAAGGUGUUGAGACCUGGAGGCUAUUUCCUCAUAACAUCUUGUAAUUGGACCAGAGAGGAGCUGAGCAAAGAGUUCGAAGAAGGAUUUCUUCUUCUGGAGGAGCUGCCAACCCCCACAUUCUGUUUUGGAGGAAAAACUGGAAGCAAUGUCACUGCCUUGGUUUUCCAACAGAAAAUGUGACAUUUAUUACUUUGGGCAAAGGCUGGAUGGAAGAUUCCUUGACUUGAAUUCUGAAUAAACAAAUGAAAUAAAACAGAAUUGUAAAGUAUUAGAAAGUUUAUAGGUCUAUGUAAAUAUGGUUUCUAUGAAACAUAUGUAUCUUGUGUGGGUUUCCCUAAUGAUAGUUUCAGAAUAAUAAAAUGGCACCUUUUUCAUCUC